AUUCCUAACAUGUUGUCGCGAGAUUUGGUAGCGCAAGAAAGCGCAUGGCGCUGCGCGUGCUGUGAAUGAAGGACAAACAUAAUCUGUAAUUCUGUUUGCUGUCAGACUUGAGGGUCAAACUUCAAAUUAUGGAGGAUUCCUCAAAGUUUGAGCGAUAUGUGUACAAAAAUGCAUCUGUUUAUCAUUAUAUGAAGAUAUCUCUAGUUUUGGAGAAAGAAAACAGAAAUAUUACUGAUGCGCAGUUCAAGCAAUUGAUUAUCAGUGGCCUUAGGGACUUGUAUGGUGAGAUUGGCGCUUCUUUCCCAUUUGAUCUGCUAAAGUUUGAUCCGAAGGAAUUGACUGGUAUACUACGAGUGUACAACAGCGGGCUGGUGAAACUGUGGAGUGCUUUAACAUUACUGGGAUCGUAUCAAAAUGAGGCGUGUGCAUUCAGAGUCACACAGGUGUCACCGUUUUUGUUAGCAUUGUCCGGGAAUAGUCGUGAGCUGCAGUUUGGAGAUCAGUGAGGGCACAGGUCGCUUUACGUCGGUGAACAGGCCUCGCUAAGCAAAACAUUCAGUGCCAGAGACGUUGCACUUUUUGCUGAGCUGACGGGG